AAGAGCAGAUUGAGAAAAAUGUCUGACAAGAGGGCAGACGACAAAAUUGAUUCAGGGAAUAAUGAAAGUAAACGCGAAUUCCUAGAGCGAAGUGGAGUUGGAAGCUGGAUCCGAGAUGCCCUCUCAAAGGUUCUUUCUAAUCGACCUGAGGAUGCCGUCGCCUUCCUUGCACAGUACUUCAGCAGUAUCGGAGAGAAGUCAAAUCGUCUGAAUCGCGCUUAUCAGUAUCUCACACUUACAGACCACUAUCAGCCAAGUUUUGCAAACAAUGUGGCUACGGCUUAUGAAAUCCUGUGUUCAUCAUCAGGAUCUAGGACACUGGCUGGCUUAACAGGCAGCACAUACAGAGAAGUGCUCAGUCUGAUAUGCAGUACUAUUCCUGCUCCAUUCUGUGAGCAACUACUUAAGAAGAUUGGACCACGAGAUGAGGAAGUCAUUUACCCCAGCGUUUUCCACUCUGGAGUCAUGGCUGCCUUUGUAAUGAUCGAAUAUCUGAAACAAACGGAAGAAUUGUUUCAGUUGUUAACAACCCACCAAGGCAGGGGUUUAGUUGAUCAUGAGCUGGCAACCGCCAUGCUGCAGGAAUUGCAGGAUGCACUAGCAGUGAGGUCCACAGACCCAGUCUCAAUUUUGACAGCAGGAUCAAAGUUGACAAACGAAGUAAUAACUGACUCCUUAUUAGAGCUACUGUUUGCCAGUCAGAGCGAGCACAGACAGAUGAUGACACGAGAGGAAUUUGUGGUAACUGCCUUCAACAUAUACCUCAAGGAGGUUAAACCGGUGAAAUGAUCAUAAUCAAGUGGAAGUUGGACCAAAUAACAGCAUUUACACGGGACUGGUAGGCUUGGAGCCAGGAUACAGCUUCUGCAUGUUCUGCUUUCGUUUCAAAGAUUUUUCUCUUUGCUAUCAGUGACUGUAUAGUCACAUGGUCCCAAAUUUUUCCACUUGUAAUGAAAACUAAUUAGACUUCACAAAGGGAGUGAAAUUAAGGACCUGGAAACUAUACCAGUCCCAGACAAUAAUCCUUCUGUACAAGUUCCUUGAAAUUUCAUCCUCGUUUUUCAUUUAGCGCAUACAAAAUAUUAUCAUUUUUCCGUUCACGGAAAUUCUUUUGUUUAAAUUGCAUCUUCUUGAAAAUGAUCAUGUUGGAGAGUUCUUAGUUGUUGAGAAUGCUGAAUCAAGAAGGAUAAAUUAAGUAAAUACAUAGGGCACAGUUAUCAUGUGAAUUUGAACUGAUGUGCGUUGAAUGAAUUAAAUCGUUUAGAAAUAAGAUAUCCUGAUCACCUCACAACAAAGCCUUGCAUGACUCUAAUUGUUGCCUUAAAAUCCUCCCCCCCCCCAAAAAGAAAGGUGUGAAAUUUGUUCAAAACAAAAAUAAUUUACUUUUUUUGUGUCAUUGUGCAGAUGUGUUUUUCCAGUAUGAAAAAUACACUUCAGGUUCAAUCAUACAGAAUAUUUUAUUCACAAAAAAAGGAGGGCCUGACGUUUCAAUCCUAGAAGAAUCUUCUUAGAAGAAUCCUAGACGGCAAAAUAACAAGUAGACAGGGGCAAACAAGCAAGCAGGGAAUCAACCAAGCAUGGAUGAAUGCAGGAGGACGAAAGGAAGGGUCAAGAGAGCUGGUGGCUGGAUAAAGGGCAAGUGGUAAGGGUGGGUGCAUAACCGACAUGGUUGAGCAACGAAGGGAUGCGAGGUCAGAAGAGUUCCAAGAACAAAUACAAUGGAAGGUAGUGGACUCCAAGGGGGGGGGGAUAAUCUGCAGACAAAAGCAAGGGUGAGAAAGGAGUAUCAAUUAAUCAACGAGUUAAGUUUGUGGUUACACCAUGUAUAAACUAUCUCUUUAAGUGAGUGUUGGUUCUGAGUAGACCCUGUAACUCGAUGUAUUGGGCAGUAUGCUCUACCCAUCCUGAUGAUGGGCAGAGCAUAGGCCUACUACCUAAAACUGAUGUUGAGUUCCCUGUUCCACUCAGAACAACACUCACUAAAAGAGAUAGUUUAUACAUGGUGUAAACCUAACUUGUUGAUUGACAUGUCACCAUGCAAUCCUGUGUAUCUGGGUAUUAAUUAGUAGAACUUUCCCUCUUGGGUGUUUAGGCCAUUAUAUUGUAUGGUGUGGAGGCGUUUGAUCCUCAGCUGCUCCCUGGUGAAGUGAACAGCACCGUUAUGGUGGCCAUGUGAUUCUAAAUGCCCUAGGACCAUGGCAGAAAUGGAGUGGUUAGGAAGGUUGGAGUGAUGUCUUGUUGCUUGGUGUUGACUGUAGAUCUGUGGUCGUAGAAAUGCUUCUUAAGGGUGUUCUUAGUCUGUCCAACAUACUGAAUACUGCACACCCUGAAGAUGUAUGACAUUAGAAGAGCUACAAGUGAUGGUGCCUUUGGUUCUGUGGGUGGUACUGGUUGGUUCCCUUUCUGUCUACUUCUCAUUUUUCCUUUGAGAAAGAUUCCGCUUGAAUUGAAACGUUGGGCCCUCCUUACUUUGUGAUUUGUAUUUUAGGUCAUUAUAGCCAGCAUGCAGUUUGCAGCAGUUUUGUAUUACACAUAUUCUAAGAUAUUUAAUUGUGCAAGGCAGAUAUUCACUGUUUGUAUUUUUAACAAUGCACACUCUAUUUCUGUACGUUUUCAUUAGUAUUUUUGUGUAGAGAAAUCUAAAUUAAAUAAGUACCCUGUAAAUAAGGACAAUA